AUGACUGCUAUCUUCCUGAUGUCCAUGCUUUUUGGCCUUGCAUGUGGGCAAGCAAUGGCUUUUUGUAUUCCAACUGAGUAUAUGAUGCAUGUCGAAAGGAAAGAGUGUGCUUACUGCCUAACCAUCAACACUACCAUCUGUGCUGGAUAUUGUAUGACACGGGACUUCAAUGGCAAGCUGUUUCUUCCCAAAUAUGCUCUGUCCCAGGAUGUUUGUACAUAUAGAGACUUCAUGUACAAGACUGUAGAAAUACCAGGAUGCCCACGCCAUGUUACUCCUUAUUUCUCCUACCCUGUAGCUAUAAGCUGUAAGUGUGGCAAGUGUAAUACUGACUAUAGUGAUUGUAUACAUGAAGCCAUCAAAACAAACUACUGUACCAAACCUCAGAAGUCCUAUGUGGUGGGAUUUUCUAUCUAG